AUGGCUCCUGUCCAUACAAGCCACGAUAGAGUAAUUGCGCUGCGAGGAGGCCCCUACCCCCGAAUCCUCGUCUGCAACGAUCCGGUGUGUCGAGCGUCCGCCCCUGGAUCGCAACCGUGUAGCAAGCCGGAUCACGCAGGAGAAGAGUGGGAGUGCCCAUCAAGCGAGCGUCGACGAAAUCAAUAUAGAGCCGACCACUGGCAGGCAGUCGACACGCUGUCACUGGGGGGGUGUGCGGGUCCGGCGGGCGAAUGGAGUGACGCUGAGUGGGCAGCGCGGUCGGAACAGAGGCUUUUCUCUGCGCCUCGAGAGAAAGCGCAGGGCUCAGGGCGCGCAUGCAGUUUGCCAUGGGUGGUGAAGAGCUCGAUGGCCACGGUAUAUUGUGGAGGGGGCCGAAGUGCGAUCCAGAUUGAGAGGCGAAAGCUGAUCUGUCAGGGGGGUUGCUGCACGCUUUCAUACUCGGGCCGAGAAGAUGGGGUUUACGCGUACACCUCCGAAAGUCUUUUCCUCUAUGAGGCAAUUGUUAUUCCCCAUCUUCAAAAUGCCCAGGGGGCCACGUUUCAGUCCUACCAUAUGGUAGAGAAGCAGGCGUCUGCUCUCCUUGCAGUCCCGGGGGCCUCCCAUCCUCCUCCCGUUGGGGACUCGAACUUUGACAGGGCUAUCCGAGCCUUCAACGUAUCUGCGGCCCGGGACUUGGCGUAUUGUUGCUCCAGCCAGCUAUGCAGUGGCCUAUUUGGACGAGCGGCGGAUCUGGAAUCCACGUCUUUGGUGAGCCGAGAGGGUCGGAGCGAAUAUGACGACUUUGCUCUGACUGGAAAAGCGAUCGUGGGGGACGGAACUUUGUUUUCCAAUUCCUCAGUGGUCCGCGAUUCUUGCCUGGGGAGCAUUCGAAGCCUUAGCCACCCCACCCCCGACUCCCCCAUCUUCACAAACCAUACUACUCCAAGAAUGCCCCCGGCGCAAGCACCUCCCCAGCAAACAGUGGAUGUUCCAUACACUAGCCGCACGUUUGUGCGGAUUCCCAACGAUAAUCGGCUGCUCGUCAAGCUGUGGGCCAACGACCGUCAUAUCCCCUCGUCAGCAAAUGCAGCCGGCAACCAACCGCUUACUCCAGAUCAGUUCGACAAGAUGUACAACUCGUUACCGGAGAGCUUUAAGGGGCUUGUGACAAGGUUGCUCAUUGAUCCACCGAAUUGUGCCGGCGGACUCUCCUGCUCUAUAUGCAGGGGUGUCGUACAGCGGAAGUGGAUGGGAAAAUACCGGGGCCCACUCCGGGAGGCUAGUGGAGAGCUGUCGCGCAUGGGUUGGGCGCACGACCACUUUUUCCACUAUUCUGUGCUGAUCAGCACUCUGUUAGGCUCGGACCACUCUCGGGCCCAGCUUCUGCGGGUUAACAGCCUCAAGAUCACCCGCAAGGCGCUUCUUGGGGGGACGAUUACGAGCACAGAGCUGCGACAUCUGGAGCGUGAUGCGCCUUUGAUUGGGGCCAUAUUACGAAGCUACCCCGAUCCCCACAGCAAACCCGACGAGUUGCUAUUUGAGCAGUCGUUCCUUCCUGUGCUCCGAGACCUCUACUGCACCGCCAUGGUGUCGUUCGAGCCUUCCAGUAAUCGUUGCACAGCUGAGGGACAAUCCCCCCUCCGUAAGUUGGUGGAUGCUUUCGAGUGCAUCGUUCAAAAGGGGCGGCUUGAGCGGGCGCUGCAAUAUCGUCUUCUAACGGAGGCUGGUGGUGACGGCACCGUGGUUGCCAAUCUACGCCUGUCGGUGUCUCGUGCCACAGAGAAGGUGGUCGCAGCGUUGGAGUCGGCAACCGAGGCUCUUGCUCCUUUGGAGAUCAAGCUUCCGUCCGAAAUCGGCACCAUGCCGGCUACGCCAGAAUACCAGCGUCGAGCAUCUCUCGUGGGCUUCUACCCCCAUGGCCAAUUGCCCAAGUGGAUGCGGCCCCACUUUCCAGAUUUUGAAGGACCGGACGGCUACUCCAAAUCCCGGAGAGAGGAUAUUAAAUGCAACGGGGUCCGUUCGGACCUCGUGAAACUAAAGGGCAUGGCCGGCUUAUUCCUUAUCUGCUGCCCGGAUGGGUACGUGAUAGGGUUUCACUACAUGGUGGGUGGGGAGAGCGUUUCGGAUCUAUUCACGCUAUUGGUUACACUCUAUUCGUUCGAGCAGCUCAAAGGGUUGACCAUCAUCUACGACAACAGGUGA